ACUGAUCCGUCCUCUGUCCUCACUUAAAAUAAAAUUAAUUUAAAUUUUUUAUUUUAUCCUAUGAAACCUGCGAUUGAUUGAACUCAGAAGUAGACAGAAGCAGAGGGAGUGAAGUGAAUUGGAGAAGAUGAGUGUGGUUACUUCAGUGGGCAUUCCGAAUCAGUGCCUCCACAACGUCUUCGUCUAUGGCAGUCUCCUAGCUGACGACGUCGUUCAAGUCCUUCUCAAGCGUGUCCCUCCUUCUGCCCCUGCCACCCUCCCCGCCCAUCAUAGAUUUAGCAUCAAAGGUCGUGUUUAUCCCGCUAUUCUGCCCGUGGAGGAUGAGAAAGUUACUGGAAGGGUCCUGCAGGGUAUCUCAGAUUUGGAGUUAUAUAUUUUAGACGAGUUUGAGGAUGUUGAAUAUGAAAGAAGUGAUGUUGAUGUUUAUUUGAAGGAUAAUUCUGAAAAGCUACAAGCUCACACUUACAUUUGGGGCAACAGAUGUGACCCAAACUUGUAUGGAGAUUGGGAUUUUGAGGAAUGGAAACGAGUAUACAUGAAUGACUUCAUCAAGAUGACUGAGGAAUUUAUAAAAGAACUGGAGUUGCCGGAAUCAAAGAGAAGAAUUCAGACAUAUGAAUCUGUCUUUGAGCAAGACAAUGACAAGUCACAUGAGCCUUGAAGGCGACCAUUUGUAAAGUUAUGUGCUUUGAGAUUUGUAAUGGUCCGAUCAAUAAUUUUACUGUUCCAAUAAUUAUUGAUUUUUCUGCGGCCUGGCUCAUUGAUAGUCUAAUGAAAUAAGCUAGUUGGCGCUAGUUCCCUUUUAGAAA